GGCCCCGCCGUUAGGGGCGGCACCACGCGGUGGCGGAGCGGUGGCGGAGCAGCGCGGAGCGGGGCCGGGACGGAGCUAAACAAUUGGGCUGGCGAACAAUAGCAGCGCUGGAAAACAAUGGAGCUGCUGCACCUUCACGCUUAGCACGGCCGCUCAGAAGAAAUCCCAGCUCGAAAACAGGGCCUGGGCCAGAGUCGUCCCUGCGCCAUCACCACUGCAUGAGCAACGCGCAGCCGGGAUCUGCCAGGACGGGUUCUCAUGAAAGAGGAGCGUGAGGAUGGAUUACGGCGGCUGUGAAUACCUGGUCCCUUGUGGAAAAGACAAAUACAUCUCCAAAAAUGAGCUGCUGCUGCACUUGAAGACAUACAACAUCUACUACGAAGGGCAGAAUUUGCAGCUGCGGCACCGGGAGGAGGAAGGCGAGCUCAUCGUUGAGGGGCUGCUGAACAUCUCCUGGGGUUUGCGGCGGCCCAUCCGCCUGCAGAUGCAGGAUGACAACCAGCGCAUCCGCCCACCGCCCUCCUCCUCCUCCUGGCACUCGGGCUGCAACCUGGGAGCGCAUGGGUUGGUGCUGAAGCCCAGCAUCUUGCCAGACAUCCAGGUUACAGAUGUGGAUGCCACAAUGAACGCGGAGGGCACCGGUAGCAGCACUGGUGCUGCGAGGCUGCAGCCAGAGGAGCCGCCGCAGCUGCUGCGGACACGGAGCGAUGUGGGCGUGCGUCACCGGGGCAGCGCCCGCACCCCCAGCGAGCAGCGGCGCAUCCGCCGCCACCGCUUCUCCAUCAACGGGCACUUCUACAACCACAAGACAUCAGUGUUCACACCGGCGUACGGCUCCGUCACCAAUGUCCGGAUAAACAGCACGAUGACGACCCCGCAGGUCCUCAAGCUGCUGCUCAACAAGUUCAAGAUCGAGAACUCAGCGGAGGAGUUCGCGCUGUACAUUGUCCACACCAGUGGAGGUGAGGCUGCAGGAAAGGCCCAGCUCUGGGAUGGCCAAGCCUGCUGGUGGCCUUGGUGGUGUAAAACUGGUGCUGUUGUCAUUACAGAAAAGCAGAAGCUGAGGGCCACUGAUUACCCCCUGAUCGCCCGCAUCCUGCAGGGCCCCUGCGAGCAGGUCUCCAAGGUCUUCCUCAUGGAGAAGGACCAGGUGGAGGAAGUCACCUAUGAUGUGGCUCAGUACAUCAAAUUUGAGAUGCCUGUCCUCAGGAGCUUCAUUCAGAAGCUGGAGGAGGAGGAGGAUCGUGAAGUGAAGAAGCUGAUGCGCAAAUACUCCAUCCUCCGGCUGAUGAUCGAACAAAGGCUGGAAGAGAUCUCUGAAGGGCCAGCAAGGCUGUGAAGCAGUUUGCAGCACUGCGCCCUGCUUACAAUGCACGAGGUUUGCAUGAAGGACAUCCUGCACUGAACCCUAAAUGCUCAUUGCUCUGGGAGCGGACCCACCUGCCUGGACCGCUCCGUCUUCGAGCCAACCCAGCCUCCUGCAUCAGGCAGAGCAGUUCAGGCAGCUUCGAUGCAUCUAUUGCCAUGUCUGGAUAUCACCCAAAAAAUUCAAGCUCAUGGGGUGCCGGCACACUCAGGGUAGCCCCGUCCCAUGCAUGGGACUUGGCAGCUUCUUUGCAGCAUCCUCAGACAGCUCCUGCUCUGCAAAUGCUUUUUCUGCUCCUUUCUGUACACAGACAGCCAGGUGCAGGGCGCUGGCCAGCAGCAGCACAAUUGGCUUCGGCUGAAACCUCAAAUGCCUGUAAACCCCAGCUAAAAAAAAGAAGAGAUUCAGGAGAAGGGCAAAGCCACUGAAUAUGGGGACGAGAGGGGCUGCAAGUGUUCAAGAGCAAUAACUUCAGCUCCGUUUGGCGAUGCUCUCUUCCAUGGUUCGCGUGCGCAGUGCCUGGAGGAGGCCAAAUAGCACAAAUAAUGCCUCUCAGAUUUUUUUUUUUUUUAAAGCACAUUUCUAUUGCAAUAAUUCACAGGUGAUGGGACGGUUUUGUACAUCCCUAAAGGACCUCUGAGAAUUGCUUUCUUCUGCUUUUGCCAUUGAAAGCAAAACAGGAUUGAAUGUUGGACUUACAGUGAAAGAGUUAUUCUGCUGUGUUUCUCCCUUAAACCUGCAUCUCGUUGCCUAACCCCCCCCUCUUUCUAAUUUGCACUAAUUUUACUGUGGGAUUUAAAAAAAAAAAACAACACACCUGAUGUCAAACCUCUCUGGUAGAUAUAACAUGCCAAAUACCGCUCACAGGAGCCGCUCAUGGUAAUGAGCUGCUCCUGAGGGAUGCUGUAAGGAAACUGGAGCAGCACAGGAACAGAUCAUCUGUGAACUCUCCUCAUCUCAUUCUUUUGGGGGGAUUUUGCGUGUUUGUGCAUUGCUGGUGUUGAAAUUGAGUCUGGGGGAUGUUUCUCCUUGUGUGUGAGGAUGGCAGGAGGGGGGAGAGACAAAAAUAGGUUUGUUUUGCAAGGCAAAUGCCUCUCUCCUUCAACGCUAUACCAGCAAUAUCAAUUUUAUACCUCGAUGUGAACUAAAACUCUGAUUUUGUCCCUUAGUUUUUUUACGAUAUAUCUUUGUAACUUUUUUUAAUGGUACCUUUUACACCUUUAACACAUGUUACAAAAAGUAUUGUCCAGUGACAAAAGCGUUUCAUGUAUUUGGAGGACAACUGUGGCAUUGCUUCAUUUAUUAACAAGAAAAAAAGUUUGUAGCAACUUAAUACCAUGUGGAAGCACAUGAGUUAGAACCUGUUUUGUUCAAAAUAAAGCACUUUGUGGAUAGAAA